ACGACAUACACUAUCACAAGGAGUAUAUAACUCACAACCAUACAGUAACGUUGUUUCAUCCAAGGUGGAUUUAUUAAGGGUGACAGCAAUCACCCACCUGAAUUUUUCGUCGUAGAUAUGGUUCACGUCAAGAGGAUAUGCUUUGUUUGCAUUGGACAAUUUAUUGUGGCUCUUUCAUUACUAGACCGUGGUGAAUCAUAUAAAGCACUGGUUCGACACGCUGCUUAUCGAAAAGACGUACAAAAGUCCACAAGGAUUGGCAAUAAUAUUAUCUGGUUGUGGUUUAUAUGCUGCUGCAUAGAAGCUGCUUACUGGCUUCGCAUUAUUUCCUCUUCUCAUAUGGGUACGCCGCAUUACCAAGGAAAGCGCCAAUGAAGCAUGAGCGUGGUCACAAGAAAAUGAAAUGGCUAAUUUGCCUCAUCGCAAUAAAGCAACCAAUAUCGCCCGGUCACUGUUACAAAAACUCAUUUAUGAUUAUGAGUUACAAAAUUCUACUAGCGUACGUAAAUUCAUUGCAGACAUGCUGCUAAGUCUCAACGCUUUUAUACCGCAAUGGCUAUAUAAUGAUCACAAGUUGGUGAAUUGUCCAGAGCUAUUGUAUUUGCUCGUCAAACAUAAUCCAUUAAUUGAAGCUGCCGAAUUACCACAUGCACUGUUGGAAGCUAGAAGCGAAUAUUUCAGUUUUAACCAUACAAUUGCGAUUAUAAACCAAGAAAUUUUGUCUGCCAAGAAAUACAUUAGAUUUUUUGUUGCAUGGAUUGAAAUUGAAUGCUAAUUUAGAUAUCGAGUAUAAGCAUUUGUUUUUUAUAUCAUAGGAACUCACAGAUUUAGAGGACGUCAUACAAACCUAUA